AUGAACUCAAGAGCCUACACUGCUAGUAACAGGAGUGGCGACGACUGUCCUCGGCUCUUAACUAGGGAUUUGCGGGGUCAAGGGCAGAAACCACGACCACAAAUUCAAAAGAAGGUGUGGGAGGGUGUCACACAUCAUGGAAAGUUAGCCCCUGGGGAGCCUAGUUUCGUUUGCCGAUGUUAUGAGCCGCAGAAGACUCCUCGUGAUGAACGCAAAUGCGCGAGGGGACAAAGACGUCAUGAGUGUCUGGUUAGACUCCGGCAUAUUCAGGAACCUUGUGUGCAUCUAGAUGGUCGCAAAUUUUUGCGACAGCUUGCCAAUAUUUCUACGAGGGAUCAAAGGGGUUUGCCAGUCCCGAUGAGACUGGCUGACGAUACUUAG